AUAAAUAAAACAAGCGUGAGUAGAACUUCUCUAUAAAUUCAAACUACAAAGUGAGUACGAAAUGUUGUACUCCGUUAUAUCUUAUUUAAGAACUUUUCUUUUUAAUUUGUCAAGUUACUUUUUUGAAGGAAGAAUAUAUACGAUCCGUCCUUGUGUCAAGACGAAGAAAUGUCAAUGUCAAGAUUUAAAAACAUUUUCAAAAUUACUUUUCGUUAUUUUCGCAUAUUUAAUGCCUCGAUGCGUAAAAAAUAGGCUUUUGUAUAAAAUAUUAUACUUUUAGAUGUUGACUUUAAUUAUAGUAUUGGCAGCGGUAAUCUCGGCUCUUCAUCUUAGAACUCUUAUGAGUUCAGAAGAUCGGGAGCACCUCCUUACUAAGCAGGAGGUGAACGGUGCUGCAUGGGGCGUCGGCAAGAUGUGGAACAAUCUCAUGGAACAAUACGGUCUGCCGUUAGCACAGUAUUGUGUCAGUGUAGCAUAUUCCAUUUAUCUUCGACUCACGUUCAUCAAUGUGACAAUAUUCAUUCUCAAGUAUGUGCCCACGGCAUUUUACAUGUAUAGAUUUAUACGAGACAUGUACGUAACGUCUCGUGAGAGGAUAAAGCAAAAGCAGAUCGAAAUGGAAGAUAUCCAACUCCAGAUUCAGAUAGUGAACACGAAGCUGUGCGUGCGGGACGCGGAGUUCACGGAGCGGGCGGAGCAGCUGCGGCGCGGCGCGGAGCGGCUGCGGCGGGUGCGCGCGCGCGUGCGGGACGUGAUCGCGGCGGACGAGGCGCUGCGACGCGCGCUCGACAGCGCCGCCACCUGGGACGCCGACCACGACCUGCACGUGCACUCCCCGCCGCAGGAGGAAGACCGGGAAUUCAUAGUGGAAUUAUUAAAGGAGUUGAAGUACGACCAUGUCCCGUUCCCCGAGAGGCAAUCGGAGAAGAUGGAAUGCGGAGAGCACGCGCAGACGGACCCCAACACGCCGGAGAACAGCGUGUAUUCCUCCCUCAGCGACGUCGACGUCAGACAAGACUGUCGCGUCAAGAUAGUCAAAGUAACUAAUGUGUAUAAAGUCGCCUAUCUUAAGCAUUACAUCAAGCAGAAGAGACUGCGAAGAGCCACUAAGCAAGCAUUAUUGAAGAAGAAAAUGGAGAGCAUAAAGAAACUAUUAGAAGACUGGCAGAAAACUCUAAACAUGGUGAUAAACAGUAAGCUGACUAUACUGAACAUAGAUCCUCAUCCCAUGGACGUAGCCUCGCAAGAUGCUAUGGGAGACUACUCGAAACCGCGCGAAUCUUCAGACUCCGACAGUGAUUUUAGAAACAGUUGUUCUGAUAUGUGGUGUGACGAAUACAGUUUCAGCUGGGCCCAGAAUCCGUACAAGCCAUAUUCAUCAAAUUAUGAGGAUAUUUCCGAACUACCCAGGGAGUACGACGCUCAAGACUUCGGUGACGUGAAGUACUCCAGUCAACCAAGCCCCAAAAUGAUAUCGAUUAUCGAGGAGACCAACAGUCAGAUUGCCAUCGAAGAGAUCAAGAGUGAGUUUGGCGACGACUACGAUUGCCGUGACCUUAUCGUGCUAUAAUAUAACACUUUUAUAACUAUUUUUAUUGCAUACAUUGUGUCAGUGAA